AUGCAGGAUUGCGAUGAGCUGCUCUCUCAGACAGAUGUUAUGCAGAAACUGCAGUUUCCUGAACUCAGGCUUAUCGAAUACGACUGCGGGAAAUUGCAAGUGUUAAGCGGUCUUUUGCGUGACUUGUUUCUUUACAAGCAUCGUUGUUUGAUCUUCACACAGAUGGCACGGGUGUUGGAUGUACUGCAAGCUUUUUUAUCAUUCCAUGGAUACCAAUAUUUCCGUCUUGAUGGCUCAACUGGUAUAGAGCAACGACAGGUUCACUUCGUUUCAUUUCAUUAUUUUUGA